UCCUUACUAUGUAACUCACACUAGUUAACUAUUAGUAUCCGAGAGCCCGAAGCCGUACCGGAAAAACAAUCUAGCAACACUUCGAUGCACUACAAAAUACCUACAUCAAACCUCAUAGACUACACACAUAUUCGCAAACAAAUACAUAUAUACAAUGUCAGUGAGACGGAAUUGGGUAACAGUGAUCUUAGUGAGUAUCUUACUCAAUUGUUUGACUUAUGUUAGAGCUGAUAUGGAUAUGGAUGAUGGAGAACGAGUCGAGUUUCAUCCCAUCAAUGCCGGAUCAAAGACAUUCCAUUGGUUAUUAUCAUUAUUCUUAUUAUUAAUAUUACCUUCAGUAUCUUCAACAUUGGCUAUUGCCAAUAGAUUAAGUUGGUCAUUAUUUUUCACAAUCAUUUCAACUAGUUUCUCAAUAUUUGAAUCAUUAUUCCUUAAUUUCCCUGAUAAUGUUGAUAAUCAUGAAAAUAUAACUUCAAAGAAUUCAGGUAGAUUAUUAUCUCUUUUAUUAUGUGGAACAUUAUUUUUAGGAACUAUUAUUAAUGGAUCCAAUUUAUUUAUUAAUAAAUACUAUCCUAAUAUUAAAAUUAAUGAAUAUGGUUGGGGUUAUAGAAUAUAUAAGAUUUUAACUUUCAUAAUAGUAAUUGUUGGUUGGGUACGUGUUUGUAUGGCACCUAUUGCAUUAUUUGGUUUUUGUUAUGGUCGUCAUACUGGUCAAUGUAUUGCUCAUGGGAUAAUGGGUUCUGCAUUUAUCUUAUAUUCAUUCUUAUUAUCAUUGGUAUUGAUUAUUCCCUGGAUUAGAAAACAUCAAUUAUACAAUUCUGAUGUGACUAAAUUCAAAUCACAAGAAUUCUGGGAUUCAAUUGUUAUGUGUGCAUGGGGUAUUGUUAAUACUUUUACUGAACAUAGAUGGGGUAGAGAAGCUUGGUCAAUGGGUGAUUAUCAACAUACAUCAAUGGGGAUUAUUUGGUGGGCUGGAGGGUUAUUAGGAAUAUUUUUAUCUAGGAGGAAUAAAAGAUCAUUUAUACCGUCAAUAUUAUUGGUAUUUACAGGAUAUUCUAUGUCCCAACAUGCUCAACACCUUGAAAUAAGUACUAAAGUACAUUCUGUAUUUGGAAUGGCACUUAUGGGAGCUGGAGUGUUUAGAAUUAUUGAAAUUCUGUUUGUAUUGAAAGAUAAGGCAUGUGCUGCAGACGGGAAGAUCUUAUCUUUCCAAUACUUCCCCCCUUUCUGUCUUACUUUGUCUGGUAUAUUAUUCAUGUCUGCCACUGAAGAGCAAUUAAUCUUGGUUCAUGAUUUAGGAGCUGAUCACUCGGCAUAUAUUCUUGUUGUAUCAUCUGCCGCUUUCUUGAUUUACUUAUGGAUGAUUUCAUUACUUACCUUAUAUCUUAGAUUAGUAGGCUAUGAUGAAGAUGGAGAAUUGGGGUUAACCCAUGCUGAUUCAGAAUAUUCUCAAGUACGUAAUGCUGAAGACUUUGAAUUGGGUGAUUUGAGUGACGAUGAUGUGAAUACUCCCAGUGAGGAUCUUCAUCAUGAAUGAUACUAUAUAAAUAUAUAAGAAUAAUUAUUAUGGUGGUAUAUAUUAAUAGAUUAAAUUACUAAUAAAUUCUCUCCAAGCG